GAGGCAGUUGAAAGCCUAUUGAAUGUGGCAAUUGUCGUUAGUCUUGGCCUGCCUGCUACCUGGUUACCCCUGGUUGCAGGUGCAGGCGGUUUUCCUCGAGGAGUGCAAGGGUGUGAUCAUCAAUAAGGUGGCCAAUGAGAACCAGGAGUGCAGUGAGUUCGUUCACUGCGAUGGAGAUGAUUCCUACUACUGCAAUGGGGAUUGUCGGGAGGCGGUCGAGUGUUAUGCCACUGUAGCUAUCACGCCAGUUACCACCUCAAGGCCUGCAGAAACCACCACGGAAAGAGCGCCAUCCCAAGAACCUGUCAACACCACCUCUACUUUAGCUUCCGCCACGCCCUCAACGACUACUGUAGCUCCAACUAGCACCCCGUUUCCGAGUGCCGAUGUCUAUGUCAUCUGCAAGACGAGUAGAAGGAAUGGGGUCUAUCCCUAUCCGGCAAACAGCCACUACUAUUAUCAGUGUAUUUCCGGUUUCCUACUGCUCCAGCAGUGCCCACAGAAUUUCCACUUCGAUGGCACCCAGGGCCAGUGCGUUGCCACAAAACCCAAUCGUUCCUGGGGCUUACGUUUGUAAGAUUCAUAUCGGAGCGGAGUCUGUAAUAAAGCAAUUAUCAAAAGCGUGUUCGGGGGCAAAUUAUUUUC